CGUGGCACAAAUCUUGGCAAAGAGAGAGUAAGCAUAUUAGGUGUAGCGGCAAAAAAGGAGGUUUAGACAUAUUUAAGGUUUGCAUUUGACAGGUUCUACCAAUCACUCUGUGCUUUGUUCAGGGCAAAAUAGGUGUGUUACCUUUGAAAGAAUAAUCCAGCCAUGAAUAGCCCAAAAGAAGUUGUGCUUGUUACAGGUGCCAGUGGAUUUCUGGGGCAACAUAUUGUCAAGUUAUUACAAGAAAAAGACGAUUCAGUCGGCGAAAUUCGUGCGUUUGAUACAAAAGCGUACGAGAAUAAACUUGGCCACUCAACACCCAAACUAAUGAAAGUUAUUCAGGGUGACAUACUAAAUGGCCAAAGUAUUGAAGAUGCCUGUGUUGGAGUGGACUGUGUUAUUCACGCAGCAGGAGUAAUCAGUGUAGGCCUUUUUCCCGAUAAAGCAAAGAUGCACACUGUGAAUAUUGAAGGUACGCAGAGAGUUAUUGAUGCGUGUAUCAAGAACAACGUUUCGAGGCUGAUUUUCACCAGCACUGUAGAUGUGGUAGUCGGCAAGGAGCACAUCUUUUACGGUACUGAGAGCACUACUCCCAAGCCCGGAACAUUUCUACUGGGUGACUACGGAGAAACCAAGUGUAAAGCCGAAGAACUUGUUCUACAAGCGAAUGGGAGAAUCUUGGCAAACGGUAAGAUCUUUACUAUAGAUUAUAAAUUAAGAAUUGUGU